AUGAGGCUUUACGGAUUAUUUUGUUUGCUGGUGGUCAUUGGAGCUACAAGCAGCCAACGAGAAUUCCCAGAGGAUUUCAAAUUUGGUGUUGGCACUUCUGCUUACCAAAUUGAAGGAGCAUGGGACGAAGACGGGAAAGGAGAGUCGAUUUGGGAUCACUUAGUGCACAAUCAUCCUGAGAAAAUUGCAGAUCGUACAAAUGGUGAUGAAGCAUGUGACAGCUAUCACUUGUGGCGUCGCGAUGUCGAAAUGAUAAAACAACUUGGUGUCGACAUCUAUCGCUUCUCGAUCGCAUGGACUCGAAUUAUGCCCACAGGAAUUAAAAAUCAAAUCAAUCCCGCUGGUGUUGAAUACUAUAACAAUCUAAUCAAUGCUCUGCUGGAAAACAACAUAACACCACUGGUAGUGUUAUAUCAUUGGGAUCUACCGCAGCGGCUCCAGCAGCUUGGAGGUUGGACAAAUCGCGAAAUCGUUGGACAUUUCAAAGAAUAUGCUCGGUAUGCGUUCGCCACUUUUGGUGAUCGAGUUAAGUGGUGGACGACGUUUAAUGAACCGCUGCAAACAUGCCGUCAGUCUUACGAAUGGGAUGCUAUGGCACCCGGAUACGAUUUCCCCGGUAUUCCAAGUUAUCUUUGCUCACACCAUCUUCUACUUGCACAUGCCGAGGCUGUCGAAGUCUAUCGAACCGAGUUCCAAACAAAUCAAGGAGGUAAGAUCGGCAUUACAGUGGAUUCAGCAUGGGCAGAACCACGUAGCAAUUCAACUGAAGAUCUUGAAGCUUCAGAAACCAACAUGCAGUUUUUGCUCGGUUGGUACAUGCAUCCAAUCUACUCGACCAGUGGAAACUACCCGCAGGUUAUGAUAGAUCGAAUUGGACAACUAAGUCAACAGCAAGGUUUUUCAAAGUCUCGCUUACCAGUAUUCUCUACGGAAGAAAUUAACAAACUGAAAGGUUCAUCUGAUUUCUUUGGUUUCAACACUUACACAACUUAUCUAGUCUAUAAGAAUGAUGAUCAAAAUUCAGCUAACUUUCCACAACCUUCGUACGACCAUGACCGUGGUGUAGUAGAGUAUCAGGAUGAAAAUUGGCCUGCAACCGGUUCCAGCUGGUUCCGUGUAUACCCCAGGGGACUCUAUAGUUUGCUGAAAUGGAUCAACAAGGAAUAUAACAAUCCGGAAGUAUAUGUCACGGAGAACGGAUACAGUGAUAGAGGUGGUACCCGGGAUGAAGGUCGUGUACAGUACUUCAAAGAAUACAUGACUGCCAUGCUUGAUGCCAUCGACGAAGGAUGCAAUGUCAAAGGCUAUAUCGCGUGGAGUUUGAUGGACAAUUUCGAGUGGCGUGCUGGUCUAACUGAACGAUUUGGGCUCUACUAUGUAGACUACCAGCACCCCAACAAAACUAGGGUGCAGAAGUCGUCAGCAAAAUUUUUUGCUGACGUAACGAAGAACAAGAAAAUUGACAUGGACCUUAUGCCAGAUCCGGAAGACUACACACCCUAUGACCCAGGUAUGGCCUCUACUGUGGCACCGACGAUUGCGCUGGUUAUAGCUUUCGUAGUUUCGUUGUUGAGGAAUUUAUUCUAG